AUGACUCUGACCAAACAGACAAGAAAAAGACAGGGCAUGGGACUUUUCGAGACCCUGGCUCCAAAACCGCCCUCUCGCAAUCGUUGGCCUGUCCUUUUGCCGGCACCCCAUUUAAGGCGCCAGCCUCCUCAUCGAUUUCUUCCUCCCAUCCUUCGCUUCCCGAGACGAGACCAAGAGAAAAAUAAAGGCAAACUUCAGCUUUUCUUCCGUGCCCUCUUUGGGCCGCACGCGAGCCGUCGUGCCCAUUUGCGCCUUUGGGGUCUACGCCACGAGACAAUCCCCGCUCUCCGCCACCAAGCGCAGGCACGGAUAUACAGAGCGAUUGUCCAGCGACAGAGCAGACUUUCACAGAAACGGAGUGCUAAGAAACGGGGGAUAUUUGGUUUCCUUUUUGGACACAGGAGACGGUUCAGGGGACUAGGUAUCCGGGAAUCCUUACCACUGGCCACACGCGCGAAAUUAUUGCGAUCUGGUAAUAAGGCCCCGGAUGCGGUGUUGAGAGGUCCAAUGUCACAGUCUGGACUUUCGUCGGUAGCGUGGGGAACUGGGGAGCGCGGAGGACGUCGCAAGAAGGUCUUCGAUUAUCUGAAAGCUGCGAACGAGCUACGCCAAUCAUAUACGUCGCAAUGGACACCAAGGAAUGCCUACGAUGAGGAGUACUUUUCCACCCCGGGAGCGUUUCCAGAUGUUGAAAUUGCCCGGUCUGGGGAUGAGGAGAUGGUGCUAUUCCCGAGCUAUGGCCGAAAACUCAUCAAAAACCGGCAAGACCCAGAGAUGCACAUUCGCAGGCGGCGAGACUCCAUUUCGACAAUUGAUGAGUAUCUUGGGGAAUCGGAGGACAGAAGGGAUGGCUGGGAAGAGGAGGAGUACCAGGAUCCGAACGCAAUCGUUGAUGUCGAUGUACGCGGCUGGAUAUACGCACCUCAUCGCGGGCCGAUGACGAGGAAGCAUCGCUUGAUGAUUGCACUUGCCAGAAAACUGAGCGGUGUUCCAGCUCCGAGCACUAAUUCCACUGACAACGGCGAGUCCAGCAGUGCAGACUAUGGGUCAGAGGAAAAGAUGACUGGAAAAGGAGAAGAGGAAAUUGUCAAUAAGGAAAUGCAGUCAAUUCUGAAAAAAGGAGAGACUGGCGAUCUGGCUUUGAAGCCCAGCGUCUCAUCAACAACGACUGACGCUUCGCAACUGAGCAAAGACGAGCUUUCUGUGGCAAACGCACACCUCAUGGAAAGACUGCGUCCCUUUUUGACAAACCCCAUGGCUGAGAUGCCUGUUACCGUCUUCUUUUUCAAUGAUAAGGACAGCCAAUCGAGGAACACUGUGACGGACGAAUCGGGCCAUUUCAAUCUUCGUGCAGGGCUGACAUUUGUCCCGACUCACAUCCGUGUCCUGGCAUCCGAGAACCUAUCUGCUGCCAAAGAGAUUGAAGUCAGCGAGCCCAAUGGAAUCAGUUUGAUCAGUGACAUUGAUGAUACAGUGAAACAUUCUGCAAUUGCCAGCGGUGCUAAGGAGAUCUUCCGAAAUACCUUUGUUCGGGAACUGGCAGAGCUCACGGUCGAUGGUGUCACGGAUUGGUACUCAAGGCUGUCCAAAAUGGGAGUGGAUUUUCAUUAUGUCUCCAAUGCACCAUGGCAGCUCUAUCCUUUGCUAGAACGAUACUUCAAGAUGGUCGGACUUCCUCCCGGCUCGUUCCAUUUGAAACAAUAUAGCGGAAUGCUGCAAGGGAUCUUUGAGCCUACAGCAGAAAGGAAGAAGGGCUCUUUGGAGCGGAUUCUGCGCGAUUUCCCUGAACGCAAGUUUAUCCUGAUUGGUGAUAGCGGUGAAGCAGAUCUAGAGGUCUAUACGGACAUCGUCCUAGCAAAUCCCGGAAGAAUCCUUGGAAUCUUCAUCCGUGAUGUUACUACGCCAGAUCCCAAGAAAUUCUUCGAGAAAUCUGUGGACUACCCGGAACCAGCUGCUUCUCGGAGUCGCAGUACCCCCCAGCUUGCUGAUCAUUCCGAUUCAGUGUCAAACCGGCCUGUGUUACCACCGCGCAGGCCUUGUGGGCCAGGUCGCGCACCUACAGACACGCAGACCAUUGAUAAUGCAGAUCUAAUUGAUCUCCGCGAUGAAGGGGACCAGACCAACACGUCAACAGAAAAGCCGAAGCCGCGUCCCCCUCCUUCAAAACCCAGCAAGCCAUCGUCUCUACGUGCUGUCUCGACGACUCCUGAAUUUGCGGAUAUUAAAGAGAGCCUUUCUCAAAAUCAAGAGGCUGGACCACGCCGUAAACCCGCACCGCCCCUGCCACGACGCCGUACUUCUCCCAACAAACCAGGCGUUGCACUGGAUCAGGACCAGGGAUCUUCGGAUGUCUCAUUCUAUCCAAACAAUGCGUCUGGGCCUAAUGGGACAUAUACUGACACUGUGAAGAGUGCCGUUCAAAGCGUGUCCAACGCACUUCCAGCUGCCGCUGAUUAUUUACCUCUACGCCCCAAGACUGGGCAGAAUACAGCUGGACCCCAGUCUUCGGAAGCAAGAUCUGCACAAUCAAAACAACCGCCCCCGCCUCCGCCACCCCGUCGAUCUAACACGGGAGCCUCGACUUCAGUGUCCACUCCCAGCUCGGAUUCGAACCGCCCCGAAUCGCAGAGACAACAGCAGUCGUAUCCUGUAGCAGCAGUGUCGGGUGCGCUGCAGUACGCGUCAGAUCGGUUGAAUUGGGCACCUUCACCCUCCAAUACUUUGCGACCGACCGCCUCAAAUCUUUCGCUCAGCAGAACAAGCACCAACGAUCAGGAAUAUGGACAGCGAUAUUCUAAUACUUCCGCUCCUCCUGCACCGCUACCCAACAGACGGGAGGAGCUCUGGCGACGUCGCUGGGAGCGAGCAAGUGAGAUACUCGAGGAGCGGGGAGUCUUACUGAGUAGUUGGCGGGUUGGGAGUGAUGCUCAGGAUGUCUCUGUGUGGCUGGUAGAGGGGGCUAUGAAGCAAAUUCGCAAGAAUCAGGAGGGAAAUGGGAAAUGA